AUGGAGAGAUGGUUUGCAAUCAAAUACGCUAUAGAUUUGACGAAGAGGAUAAGGCUAAAAACUGCUAUUAAAAUUAUGUUUUGUGGAUGGAUCUACUCUAUUUUAAUGGCUAGCUUUCCGCUUUUGGGCAUUAGCAACUAUAGCAGCACCAGCAUUUGUCUUCCUAUGGAAGUGAAAUCAGUAUUAGACAAAGCUUAUCUAUACAGCAUAUUGCUGAUCAACGGCAUUUCUUUGGGAAUAAUCGUAUUUUGCUAUGCACAAAUUUACUUCAGUUUGGGCUACGAAACACGCAGGGCGAGUCAAAAGGGCGAAAUGACUAUAGCCAAAAAAAUGGCUCUCCUUAUAUUUAUCGAUUUUGCCACUUACGCACCGAUAGCGUUUUUCGGAAUGUGCGCGCUGGUUGGGUUCCCUCUGAUUAAUAUUACCAAAUCGAAGAUAUUACUGGUAUUCUUUUACCCUCUUAACGCGUGUGCUAAUCCGUAUCUGUACGCGCUUACGACGUCGCAGUACAGGAAAGAUUUAUGCUUGAUUGUGUCCAGGUGGGGCUUUUGCAAGAAAAAAGCGCAGAAAUAUAGUUUGACGGACCAUAAUUCCGGUGGUAAAGCGCCAGCGUUAUUGGGUCAUUCGGAAAUUAGUCAUUGCCACAACUGCAGAGAUAAUCACAACGGGGACCUCGCCAGUACUUUUUUAUAA